GGGAAAAGGCCGCGGGCCCCGGCGCGGGCAUGGAGCUGCGGGCACUGUGGAGGCUCUGGCUGCUUUACUGCUGGUGUUGCUGCGGCGGUGGCCGCGGAGCCCGUCCCGCAGCCACCUUCACCCCGACUGGACCGCGGAGCCCCAAGCGACAGGCAGCCGCCUUCCGGGAAAGUCUUCAUAGACAUCAAUACUUGAAUUCUUUAUUUCCUAGUGAAAAUUCCACGGCCGUCUAUGGAAUAAAUCAGUUUUCAUAUUUGUUUCCUGAAGAGUUUAAAGCUACUUAUUUAAGAAGCAGAACUUCCAGAUUGCCCAGAUACUCAGCAGCAGUGCAGACGUCUAUCUCCAAUGUGUCCUUGCCACUAAGAUUUGACUGGAGAGAUAAACAUGUCGUAACGCAAGUGAGAAACCAGCAGACAUGCGGAGGAUGCUGGGCCUUCAGUGUAGUGGGUGCAGUGGAAUCAGCUUAUGCAAUAAAAGGGAGCCCUUUGGAAGACCUAAGCGUACAGCAGGUCAUUGAUUGUUCGUAUAAUAAUUACGGCUGCAAUGGAGGAUCUACCCUCAGUGCUUUGAACUGGCUAAAUCAGACGCAAGUAAAACUGGUGAGAGAUUCAGAGUACCCAUUUAAAGCACAGAGUGGCCUGUGCCAUUAUUUUUCUGAUACACAGUCUGGAUUGUCAAUCAAAGGUUUUUCUGCACAUGACUUCAGUGACCAAGAAGACGAAAUGGCAAAAGCACUUUUUACCUUUGGCCCUUUGGUAGGGAUAGUAGAUGCAGUGAGUUGGCAAGAUUACCUGGGAGGCAUCAUACAGCAUCAUUGCUCUAGCGGAGAAGCAAAUCAUGCAAUUAUCAUAACUGGGUUUGAUAAAACAGGAAGUACUCCAUAUUGGAUUGUGCGGAACUCUUGGGGAAGUUCGUGGGGAGUAGAUGGCUAUGCCUAUGUUAAAAUGGGAGGUAAUAUUUGUGGUAUUGCAGAUUUUGUUUCUGCCGUAUUUGUGUGAUAUAUUGAUGAGGUGAAGAGACAACUACAAAAAUGAAGGUUCAUAAUGAAAUGUAGCAAGGUACUUCAUUGUCAGCAUUACUCACCUACAAAAGGUUCUAAGGCCUAAUAAGUUGUAGAAUGUUCCCUUGUCAUAGAGAGCUGGACAGCCACAUCAGUUGGAAGAACACCAGCACCAUGCCCUGGGAGGAAAUCUGUGGAAUAGUUUCCUACCCUGGGAUGAAGAUCAGGUUAGGAGAUAUUUGUAGGUCUCUUCAAUUUGAAGAGGCUAUUAUCUGACCUUGUUUGAUUAUUGUUUUUGUGUGGUUUUUAUUUGUUUCUUUUUAAUGUCAUACUUCAGGUAGGAUUAAAGAGGCGCUAAGAAUCUCUUUCCCUUUGUGGGAUAUAAUCACCUUUUAGCUUACCCAAAUGUACAAGAAUAGCCCAUCUAAAAUGAUGUGUGCCUCUCACAAUUACAUUCACAGCCCCCUGAGGUGGAAUUUCAUAAGGAUUUUGGAAUACCAAUAGCUUUACCUCAACAAAUGGUGCUUACCUCUUGAACAGUAGAGAGAUUAUGUAGUAGCAAGCAAAAGGACAAAAUCACUUUUUUAAGAGCUUGAAAUUAAAUGGCCAGUAUGGCAACUGUGUGAUAACAAAAACUCAAGUAGUGUUGCCUGAGAGACAUAUUAUUAUUGGGAAAUUUUCAUUGUCAGUAGGAUUCCAAUAGACUUUAUUUCUUACUUUGUCCUCCCUAUAUUGAGGGAAAAUGUAUUUUGCAGCAUUGUCCCAGUCUCUUUCUUACUCUUUACUGUGACACUCCUAAAUUUUUCUGGUAGUUUGACUUCCCUGGCUAAGCAGCCUCAAUAUUUACUUUUCAUUUCUAUUGUAUAACCAUUGAUUUUGCUCUGUGUAAGCUAUCAGCAUCAAGCUUUCAUCUUUCACUUCCAUCCAUCAUUUGUGGGCACUACCCGUUUCAAAGUCCAAUUUCUUUAAUCUCGGGUAUCAGCCAGAAUGUGAGUUUCCCAACAGCCUCUCUAUUUUCCCAGUUUUCUGUUUAUGUUUCCCAGACUCCCAUUCUGUUUUUUUCUGUAUCCAUUUGGCUUCCACCUGGUUCCUCGCUCUUGAUCCCAUGUUCCCUCUUGCCUAAGUCAUUAUGUGUGGCUGUGUAAGAAACUCAGAGCAUAAGAGCUCACCUUCUCAUUGAAUGUAAAUACAUCCACGUUAAAUGAGUUAAUAUAAGAGAAUUAUAUGAACUACUAUAUAUGUAAGUAAUUUCUUCUCUAAAAUUCAUGGUGGCUUUCGAAUGUAAAAUAACAAACAUUUUAAAUGUAGCAGCAACCACUAAAAAAAAUUGAACACAUCCUAUUUGUCCUCUCCCUUUGGCCUUUAUUUAUUCAUCCCCUUUAUUAGAAAAAAGAAAAUAAAAAAUGAAACGUUGUAUUUCUUUUUCUUACACCAACCAGAACCAAUCUCCAAAGAAUAUGUGUUGACUCAGAUUGACAAAUGUUCCAGGAAGACCUACAUUGAUAUUUUAAUUAAUAUUCUAAUUAUCUAAGUAUGCCAAAAUGGAAAUCUGUUUGUGUUUGAUUACUGAUUUCUAUAUAAUGUAAAUGCUUUUCUGAUACUCUUUUUCAAAUGUUAAAGAAUUUUUAAAAUUACAACAUGAUUAAUACCUCUCAGCUGCUCUGGAUUUUGAUGACAUUUGUAAUAAAACAACCUAUAUUUGACUUUUAGUUAAGAAAACUCUGUCCGUAAGUGUAUGGCUUAUAUUUUGUGAACACCGUGUUAACAUGCUUUACAUUCACACAAGAGUUUGCUCGCUUCCAAAUCCAUAUAUUUAAUUUUUGGUUUUCUCCAUAGACACCUUAACCUCAAUGUCUCCAAAACACCAUGCAUCAUCUUUCCAAUUCCCCUCAAAAACACACAAAAAAAACCUGCAUCUUCUAGAGUCUACUGUUAACAGCAUCAGCAUUAUAUAAUCAACCAAUCAGUAAAAUUGUAGAUAUUUAAUCAGGUCAACUGUAUUUUACUAACCAAUUACCUAGUCACCUGCCUCUCCAUUUCUGCAGGCCCUUCCCACAUGCAUGUUUCUUUAGUAUCUAGCUCCACUAUUCAGUCCACCCAAUAAAACCCAUGUUUCUUAAUCCAGGGGUUCUCAAAGAAUGACCCCAGACCAGAAGCUACCUGAGGAUUUGUAAAACACUUUGUUUUAAUAAACCCUCCAGGUGAUUCUGAUGGAUGUCAUUAUAAUCCUACUAUUCCUCCAUUUUAAGUCAUUGAGGGACCCCCGAUGCCUAAAAGAUGACAUGCCAACUCUUUUAAAUGAGUUCCCACAGAGAAGCCCUUUUCUACCUUCUCAGCUCAAUCUCUGCUGCUCUACACAUACAUGUGCUGUGCUCCAGCCAUCACAAACUACUUGAAGUUCACCCAGUAAGGCUAAGACAAAAGCAACGAAAUCUUCACAUAAUAAUUAGGAGUCAUAAUGAAAAUCAUCAAGGUUCCUGGGUGUGAUUUUAUAAAGACCUCAAAGUGCAUACUAAAUUAGGCAACCUUAUAGUGACUUUGUGAUCCAUUUAAGAGUUAUUAUUUAGAGUAUCAUCAGCACUACAAGCAAGUUUGAAUUGGGGCAAGGGUAGAUGCUGGCAUUAUCAAUUGUUUUGACAUGUACUGUGAGAGUUACUGAUACAUCCUUUGAAAAAAAUGCUUACAACUAGGUAGCUUUGUAACACCAAGAAAUAUAGAUUAAAAGAACUGAAUCAAAUCAUUUAGUCUGUUAAAGGAAUAAACUUUGACAGAUAGCAUUUAUUCCAAGAUUCCAAGGCAUCUUGGUGGCAGAACAUCUUUUAACAUACGUUUUCAUUAUUUUAUGAGAAAAGCAAAGAUUAUGAGAUAAAUAUUUUAUUCCCAUUAUAUAGAUAGGAAACUGGGGCUUAAAUUGCUGUUUGUACCAAAGUAAAUAGUUAAUAAGUCAGCCAGACUGUGCUGAUUUCAGAGCUAGUGCUUUUAGCCACCAUGCUCCAUGUCUCUGUAUUCUCCCAGCUUCACGAGCACCAGGUACUGUGUACAUGUGCACACACACACGCAAACACACAAAAGCCAUGUAGGCAAAAGCAAUUCUGUGUGAUUUACAGACAAACUGGACAAUAUGAUCUUUAUAAGAAAAAACUUGUAAUUGAGGCCAAAUAGUUCAUUUCCAUUAAGAACUUGCUGCUUGCUCUAGAUCUCUAGGUCAAAGUUGAUGUACAUACAUUUUAAAUUCCUUGGAUAAUAUUUUGUACUCCUCUCGUAGCACAAAUUUAACUAUUGGCAAUAUCCGGGCCAAGCUAGAAAAAGAAUAAAACUCACGUCUGAGCUGAACUCUUAGUCUGAUAGUUCUUACUAGAAAUGAACUGGGUCAUUGUGUAGUCUGUUUACUUCUCCUUUCCUCUGGAAGGAACAUUCUCCACUUGAGGGAACUAUUUACUCAUUCCUACCUCAACCCUGCUGUGUAUGAGAGCUGACUCUAUCUCCCGGCCCACAAGCAUUGGAGCUGGGACGAGUGCCUUUGCCCUCUGAGUCCAGAGGUGCUAAACACUGGGACCUAGCCUGCAGGAGGAGUGGGUCUCCAUCAGGGAAGAAUAAAGCCAACACCUACAGAGAAGAGGUGAGACACACAGAAUCCUCAAAGUGGGCCAGGAACAUAAUACUCCAGGAACUGGACCCAUCCCCGUGUCCCUAAGAGUUCCCCAGGUUCCUCCGCAGUUCUUCAAAUGAGUGGAGUAAUUGUCCAGUAAAUCCUCUUUAAGCAAGCUUCACAUAGAUUUCUGUCAUUAGUCACCAAAAGUCCUAACAAAUGCAUGCCAUGUUACCACAACAAUAUAUUGCAGAAAGACAAAUGUUUAUUACUUAAAAAAAAAUUGGAUUGAGUAAAUCUUUGUACAGAAUGACACAUUUUUAUUGCAUAAAAUAUUUUAAAUAGCUGAAGUUUACAAGUGUAUAAAGUAUGAAACAAUGAAAUAAUGUUUAUGUUAAAUGUUUACAUGAAGGUAAGUAUCAGGGAACAUUAAUUUUCUUUAUAGCAAAACACCCUAUGUACAAUAUUACAGUUUAACUGAAUUUUCUUUUUUUUUUUUCCUUUUUUUUUAGCUGAGCCAGUCUGCCACCUGUUGGCAGCUCAGCGGCAGCUCAGCUAGAGGGCCGGGACUUGAUCCUGCAAUCCUGUUGGCUCAGAGCUGAGCCACUCGGCCGGCCCUCCUGAAUUAAUUUUUAAAUGUUUCAAUAUCAUCACAAAAAUGCUUAAUCUUAUAUCAUCACAAUAAAUGAAGUAAAAUUAUGUCCAGGAUUGAAUCAGAGCCCUGUAGCGCUUAACUAUGUAUAUACAUAUAUUACAUUAGGACCUCUUUGUGUAUUUAUGAAAAUCCAUAGGGAAAAAAA